CCAGGCUGCAGUCUGGAAUCUUAUAUUACUCCCUGAUUAAAUGAAGAAAGCGAGAGAACUCAAUCUCGCGCCUUCAAUGCCCGCUCCCGUUGAGAUAUUGGCUGUAUCGAUAAGUGAACAUUAGGGAAACAAUAUAGACUUCCUCUGUCGAUUUGUAGCACGGAUUUUUCCUUUGCGCUCCCAAUUCCAUUUACAGUCACUCGAAUCUGUGCUAAAAGACCCAAGCGAAUUCACGUAUCAACUUCAUAGCUGAAAAAAGACACAGCGUAGACUUUUCCUCCGCUUCACUCUGCGCCGUAAGGGGGCGCUACGUCGGAUUUAUAAAACAGAGAUUGGUUAGAUUGAAGUAGGUGCUGACUGCUCUGUCAAUGGUAAGACAAAUGUGAUUUGGAAGUUUAUUCGUGGACAUUUGUAAAGAGCACGGAGCUCUUGGAUGAAGCCAUCCUCUAGAGAUGUCGACGAAGAUGCUGUGUGUCUUGUUUGUGAUGAUACACCUAUGCCUCGCUCAACACUCAGCGUUUGAUGUCAUAGAGGUCGACGAAAAGGAAGAGCAAAGAUGUAAGUUCAAGGGUGUGUUCAUGUGCAACGACAUCGAGACGCCCUGUAUAAACCGGACCCUCGUGUGUAAUGGAAUCAGCGAGUGCCCUAAUGGAGAAGACGAGAGCCCAUUGGAAUGUGGUUGUUUAGCCAACGAGUUCCAGUGUAACAACUCCCACUGUGUCGACAUGAUACAUCGUUGUGAUCUCAACAACGACUGUGAGGGCGGAACUGACGAAGAGGGGUGUGAGACGUAUGAGUGUCCGAGUACUCAUUUCAAGUGUAACAACCAUUUCUGCAUUCCAAAAGAUAAAAUGUGCAACUUCAUCGAUGACUGCCUGGACAACUCGGACGAAAUCAACUGCAACCGGCGAGAGUGCUACGCGACUGAGUUCAGAUGCAACAACUCGGAGUGUGUGCCUGCUGCCUAUCUGUGCGACAAGCAGAAGGAUUGUCUGGAUGGUUCCGAUGAAGAUGUUUUGAGCUGUCGUCAUCACCUUCGCUGUGAUAUUGGUCUCUAUGUGUCAAGUAAACAAAAGUGUGAUGGAUGGGUGGACUGUUACGGGUCACAGAAAGAUGAAGUCGACUGUGAACAAUGCUCCCGGUCACAGUAUCGCUGCAACAACAAUCGAUGCAUAGGCUUGGCCAACGUCUGCGACGGCGAUUGUGACUGCUACACAUGUGAAGACGAGGUUAACUGCGGCAGUAUAGAUUGUGUACGAGGAACUGGCUUCUUGUGCCGCAGAAGUGUAGACACUAACAAUAGAUGCAUCAACAACAAGUUCCUGUGUGACGGAGUGAAUGACUGUAGGGACACAGCUAGGGGUUCUGAUGAAAUCUAUUGCUCUCGGAACAUCAGCGAUAUGUGUGCAGAUUUUCCACGUUCCGACGCGCAUUUCGAAUGCCCAGACGGUCAGUGUAUACCAGCCAAGGGCAUAUGCGACCACAUCGCCGACUGUCGUAACGGGGAGGACGAGAGGGGAUGUGAUUUCAAACCAUGCCCUGAUGGUUACUUCCGGUGCAAGAACGAGAAAUGCGUUCCCAACAUCAAGCGCUGUGAUGGAGCCUAUGACUGCUGGGAUCGCUCAGAUGAAGUAGGAUGCGAGGCGUUUGCUUGUAAAGAUGGCUACCGGAAGUGCAGAGGUGGUAUGUGUAUAGAGGCGAACAAGUGGUGUGAUCACCGGAGAGACUGUCCAGAUCAGUCAGACGAGACCAACUGCCAAUAUAGAGAAUGUCUGCCUGAAGAGUUCAGAUGUAACAACAAACAGUGUAUAAGUAGAGACUAUGUGUGUGACAACUCCAAAGAAGCCCUCCAAUAUGGGUGCACAGAUAAAUCGCAUCUACUCAAUUGCACAACCAAGAAAUGUAAACUAGGGCAAUUCAAGUGUAGGAACAGCUACUGCAUAUCCCUUUCACAAAAGUGUGAUGGCAAUUUAGACUGUCACAUGACCUACUGGGAUGAACAGGGUUGUGCAUUCACGUGUCCAUACAAAGACAACAGGUGUGAAUGUGUAAACGAAUCGAUGGACUGCAGUAACCGCAGCUUAGAGGUGCUUCCAAACAUCAGGGAUACAGCUCUCUCCAAGUUCGAUCUUUCAAAUAACCAAUUGAAGAUUACAAGUGAUACAUUUGCGGCCCUAGAUCGACUUACGUAUCUAGACCUCAGUAAAAACUCUAUAUCCCAUCUCCCUGAUGGCUGUUUCCGAAACCUAUGGCGUCUCGCAACACUAAACCUGGAGGAUAACAAUCUAACGGAAUUGAGCAAUGCCACCUUCUAUGGACUGUCUGGUUUGCGGCAACUGUAUAUUUCUGGAAAUCGUAUACAGAUAAUCUUUCCGGAUGCUUUCUUCGGCCUGUCAGCAUUGAGAACAUUAGAUCUGAGUCAGCAACAAAUUACAUCACUUCCACUGGACGCAUUCUUAGGAUUACGAUUCGCCUCUGCCUUGAAUCUCUCCGGAAACAACAUAGACCUCAUAGAGGGGGGCGCCUUCAACGGCAUGGAUAAACUACAAGUAUUGGACAUCAGAGGCAACAACAUCUCCACCAUAGACAAAUACGUAUUCCGUAUACAAAACCUGGACACACUUUACACCGAUGAGUAUCGGUUUUGUUGUUUGGCGAAAGGAGUCAGCAAGUGUUACCCAGAACCUGACGAAUUCUCGUCCUGUGAGGACCUCAUGUCCAACUAUAUACUACGAGUCAGUAUAUGGAUUCUUGGGAUGGUAGCAUCGUUUGGAAAUCUGCUUGUGAUCGGAUGGAGAGCACGUGACCUACGCGGGGGCAAGGUACACUCGUUCCUGAUCACCAAUCUGGCCAUCGGCGACUUCUUCAUGGGUGUAUACCUCAUGAUCAUCGCCGUCGUGGACUCCUACUACCGCGGCGUCUACAUCAUCCAUGACCACUUCUGGCGAGCGAGUGCACUCUGUCGAUUUGCUGGCUUCAUCUCCACCUUCUCCAGCGAGUUAUCAGUAUUCACCCUCACAGUCAUCACCCUGGAUAGACUCAUCUGCAUCAUCUUUCCUCUCAGACUCAAAAGACUUGGACUGAAGGAGGCCACUGUGGUCAUGAUUCUGGUGUGGUUGAUUGUGUUCAUCUUGUCCACGUUGCCUCUGAUGGGAUUAGAUUACUUUGAAAAUUUCUAUGGCAGGUCUGGAGUCUGCCUCGCGCUCCAUGUGACUCAAAAACGUCCCACCGGAUGGGAAUAUUCGGUGGCGGUAUUCCUUGUCCUCAACUUUGUUUCCUUUGUGGCUAUAUUUCUGUCCUACCUGUGGAUGUUUAUAGUAGCCAAGAGGACACGGAAAGCUGUUCGGACAACAGAGUCAAAGUCCGAUGCUGCAAUGGCCAGGAGAAUGACUUUAAUUGUUAUGACGGAUUUCUUCUGUUGGGUGCCCAUCAUCUUAUUGGGAUUUGCUUCUCUCGGUGGCGCAAUGGUUCCUUCACAGGUGUAUGCCUGGAUCGCAGUGUUCGUCCUGCCACUAAACUCAGCCAUCAACCCCGUUCUGUACACUAUUUCUACAGCUCCAUUUCUCGGCAACGUCAGGAAGAGAGCAUACCGCUUUAGGAAAUCCUUCAUGAGCUCCCUCACUAUGGACACGAAGCACAGCUAUGUUGAUGAACGUUCAACAUCAGUUUGGGACCGGAAGUCGCCAUACAGACAUAUGGACUUAAUACGCAUGCGUAAUAUGAACAAUCGAUCCGAUGUCCAGUCGCAAUCUGAUCAGUCAGAUUACUAGAUUCAAUGACAACUUUACAAAAUACGUGUGCUUUAGCGACAAAGAUGCUAUGUUUAUAACCAGCAAGCUGUAUUAUCGUGUAAUUCCUUGUUUGUUCCGGUUGUAAGCAACAGUAUACUCCGUUUGCUGAAAUGGGUUUCCCAUGAAUUAUGGUCAAUAGGAUAGUUUCUUGUCGCUAAAACACACUGAUCUAUCAGAGCACAGAAUAAUGCCGGAUCAUUGUCUAUUGUUAUCUGUCCUGAUGAAUUCCAUCCAAAUUUUUAAAUCAAUUUUUGAGGUAAGUCACCACAUUAUCAAAGCUUUAUAUUCGAAAAGGAGAACUACUGUUUUAAUACUUAGUUUAUUAUGUAAAUGUUUAUAUGUUACUGAAGAUCUGACUUCAAUAGUGUAUGUUCGCAAGGUCAUUUUUAUACUUAAGGGUAUCACUAUUUAUACUUGAUUUUGAACUGCACCAUAGCAGUCAUCAUUGGACCGAAUGCUGUCAGAGCUGAGACAAAUGACGUCACAAUGUGAGACCUGGCUGAUUGUCUCAUCCUACAGAGACGGUGUGAAUCGUGGCUCAUGAACUAGAUGUGUCUAAUGUCACGCCGACAACAUUUAUCAAAACAACAUUUAUCAACUCACGUGUACAGAAUGAAUGCUUUUGUGAUCCAGAAGAAAGGCGAUAUUCUCACCUUCAACACUUCCACGAGUGCGACUUUAACGUUUCCACUUCACGGAAUCCGUAGAAGGAUAUCUACCUGUAUUUUAGUGACAUAUGUUCAAAUUUCCUUUUUUGCAGCUGAUGCCCAGAUAUAUCAUGACAACAUGGCAUUGAAUAUAAUUUACAAUGCGUUAUUUGUGUAAAUAGUGAACAGCAUGACAUCAUCAUAUUUGGUAUUCAUAUAUGAUACCAAACCAGAUAUGGUUAGUGAUGUAAAGAGUGUUUUUUAUAUAUAUAAUGUAUGCCCAUUGCAACAAACCACACUUAUUACUUUGACAUUAAAAAAGAAUACAACAACAUGUAUCAUUCAUUAUGAGUAACUGUAUCGAAGUGAUGUCAUUGAUAUGUGAUUUUCUUUACUUAAAACAAACACAAAAUGAUAUGCAAGUGUACAAAUCGCUUAUACCUUUGUGUGACAUUGUGUCGAAUAAUCGUUGGUACGUCCCAGUACUGUGUGGAGAACCUUAAAGUUUGUUUCGUAGCCCGUAAACAAGAUCAUCAAAACUGGUAAUAUCGUUUGUCAGUUUUUAAAUUCCAUGUACAACAGUAUAAUAUAUCAUUGUAUGUAUUACAUUGCCUCAUACGUGUGUACAGUGUUGUAGAUAUCACGUUUUAUUUAUUGAUGUAGUCAAUGGAUUUAAUCAUUUUCAAACAUGUACUGUUUUUAUCUCAUUAAUCAAUAAACCAAUUGUACUUAUGUGUUGAGAAAAUAUGAACUAACAAUUAAUACAAUUUUUGUUGUUUUCAUGUCAAACUCACCACGAAUUGUUGGUGAAAAAAAGACAAAACCCAUUUGAAACUUGACAGUUAUGUCCUUGUCUGUAUUGGAUGCAUGCUAAAACAGGCUAUGGUGAAUGUGUCAAUAUGCCUCUGUUACUACGUGUAUUGCCGUUAUGUACAUGAGUAUCGAUAUACUAACCUUUCCAUGAUAUUUGAUACUUCUAAAUAAAGGCACGUGAACAACCACCUUUUUUCGGGAGAAAGUACACAUUCACAAUCUUGAAUCUGGCAUUUUUAAAAUCGUGAUCCGGUAUAGUGGUAAUAUUUGUUUUACGACUUGGAAUGUACAUCUAUUCAUGAUUAUAUAAUGAAUACAAGCCACGAACAGGCGUAUAUUCACAAAACAGUUCCCAUUUGACACCUGUAAAUAAUCGUCUUUCUGACAGUACCUAUGGUGAUAGAAUUACGUUAUUGAGACUGUUUUGUUAUUUGUUGCCGUAAAUCUGACCUGUGCUCAUGAGGGAUGAUAGCAUGUCAAUCGUGUCUGCGCAUUGUAUAAUGACAGGAGUAGGAUGCUUAACAUAAACAUCAAUUACACACAUAAAUACAAAGGUAUUAUUCUCAAUCAGAAAUUACCUUAACUGGUAUACAGUUAAUGAGCUUUUGUACUGUAUAACAUGAGUCAUAUAUAACACUGCACAAUAGAAUCUGCUUUUAGCAGAUUUAUUGUGAUUAUGGACAUGUUUUUGUUGAUUUUAUUUAUUCACAAAAGCCAAGAGGUGCCAUAUGUUAAUGUUACUGUUUUAUUGACAUUCUUCUUUUGAAACUGGCUAAUUUUCUUACUGGUGGAGCUCAUUCUCCAAACUUGAUUUUGAUAUUCACAUUCUCCAUUCAUCUGGAAUCAAGAGUUUCAUUUGGUAGUUCAGUCUAGUUAAUGACAAUAAAAAAGCCGCAUCCCAGUGUCACACUGGAUAUUGAUGAGAAUGUCAAGACCGACACUGGACUCACACUGCGACGGACCAUAUUGAAACAUAAUCUUUUACGUCAUAUACGGCAGAUUCACUGCGCGUGUGUAUGUCUUCAUUUUUUUAUUGAACAUUCUUCUGCAGGUGAAAGUACGAAUAUCCAUCAACUAACAUGUUACAGCACCACUAUUUGAUGAUUAUACUUGGUAAGGACUUGAGAGUGAGACAGCAAUGCCCUUAUCGAGUGUAUGAUAUAAUAGCUGUGUUCAAUAUGUUGGCUACAUCAUCUGGCGGCAAAGCAUCAUGUUAUUGUUGGUGUAUUAUUGUUACAGAUUGCGUAGAGCUUAUUGGUGCAAAUAGUAGAGUAUUGUCAAGUGUUGAGUUUUGUACUAUUAUGCUCAAAA